AAAACAAUUAAAACACAAUCUAUCUAUAUUUUGUCUUCUUGUCAAUUAGCUCUUGGUUCAUAAAUCUCGACGACUUAGCUGAGUCAAUAACCCCGGAAGAAGUCCGCCAUCACAUACAGAAAGAGAGAGGGAGAGAAAGUCUGACACAGAGUUGCUGACUCUCUUCGUUCUUAGACGAAAAUCAAACAUGAGUUCACUCGUGCAGGGUUUUACCAAGUCGCUUGCCAUGACGGUGCUCUCGGAGAUCGGCGACAAGACCUUUUUUGCCGCUGCGAUCUUGGCGAUGCGUCAUCCAAGGAGACUUGUCUUGUCAGGUUGCCUGGCAGCUUUGAUCGUGAUGACUAUUCUUUCUGCUGUUGUUGGCUGGGCAGCUCCAAAUCUUAUCUCUCGUAAAUGGACUCAUCACAUAACAACAUUGCUGUUCUUUGGAUUUGGUCUAUGGUCUUUGUGGGAUGCUUUUACUGAUGGAGGGGAGGCUGAAGAAUUGGCUGAAGUUGAAAAAAAAUUGGAUGCUGACUUUAAAGCAAAUGCAGGAACCACCAAAGAGGGCAGUAAGGCUGAUGAUGAGUCGAAAAAGAAGAAGCGGCCAUUCCUCUAUCAGUUCUUCUCUCCAAUCCUCUUGAAGGCAUUUUCUAUUACUUUCUUUGGGGAAUGGGGUGACAAGAGCCAGCUAGCUACUAUUGGUUUGGCUGCGGAUGAGAACCCAUUUGGUGUUGUUCUUGGAGGAGUUGUAGGACAAGCAUUGUGUACCACUGCUGCUGUCCUUGGAGGAAAGAGCUUGGCAUCUCAGAUAUCAGAGAAAAUAGUUGCACUCUCAGGUGGAGUUCUCUUUAUUGUUUUUGGACUCCAGUCCUUCCUUUCAUCAGUGGAGUGAUAAAAUCACAUUAUUGAUGGGAUUGGAAGCCGAUUUGGUGAAGUAAAGAACAUUUCACGUUAGCUCUCAGAGCUCUAUCAUUUGCCAUGGUAGGGCAUUGUGAUUAUUUUCAAGAGAAUGAUUCAAACAAGAAAGGAAACCAAUUCAAAUAUUGAAAAAAAAAA